ACCCAAUAAAGUAAAAAACUUUCUGAAUUAAAAACAAAACAAUACCUGAAAAAAAAAAAAAAAAGAAAACUUUAAGCACAUACCUAGAGUCGUCCUCCCAACUACACCACUCAGUCUUCGGAUCCAAACUCUCCUCGACCGAAGCCAAUCCAGCUUUUUCAAUCUCAAACAAAGCAAUAGACUCUCCCAAGCCUGCACCGAGCUGUUCGGCCAGAAAACUUGAAGGAUCUUCCGCCGCUGACCGCCUAAUCGGACGGAGCUUUUGCGGGGGUUCAUAUUUGGCGGCAUCAAGCGCAGACGUUAGAUCUAACGAUUCCGGGAACGGCGUUAUCUGUUGCGGAAAAUGGUUUGGCUGCUCGCCGGUUACCGCCUCCAUUUCUGUGACAUUUAUGCGGGACAAGUCAAGCUGCUGCAGGCCCUUGGAGUCUCUCGUUGAAGAGGCCAAGUGUUUCAUUCGAUUUCUACGAAGUCUCUCGCUGAAAUUUAUGUGGGACAAGGCUAGAUCUGCAUUAAUUGUUUUUUAUCCAGUUUAUCGCCAAAGUAUCUUAUUUUCUGCUCCCAAGUUCACGUUUGAUAGACAAGCAUCCUUUACAGUUUAUCGCCAAGGUUUCUUAUUUUCUGCUCCCAAGUUCACGUUUGAUAGGCAAGCAUCCUUUACGGGCAGAAGAGGUAGUUGUUUUAAUCUCAGAGAGAUGUCAACUUCAUCAUUCCAUACGAUUGCCAAUGCUAAGCAACAACAGGAAAUUAAACUACUUGAAGGAAUCAAUGACAAUUAUGGAGGUGUUGUUAUCAAAAUGAAUGAGCCCAUGGAUCCUAAUAACUUUGCUUCUAUGCUCAAGUCAUCAAUGUCUUGUUGGAAAAACCAGGGUAAAAAGGGUGUUUGGAUCGAAUUGCCUAUUCACUUAGCUAAUCUUGUGGAACCUGCAGUUAAGGAAGGAUUUUGGUUCCACCAUGCUGAGCAAAGUUAUUUAAUGCUUGCAAACUGGAUUCCUGGAGGGGCUCAUACUCUUCCUGCCAACGCCUCACAUCGUGUGGGAGUCGGUGCUUUUGUCUUUAAUGAAGAAAAGAGAGAGCUGCUAGUUGUCCAAGAAAAUAGUGGGAGAUAUCGGGGGAAAGGUAUUUGGAAGAUUCCUACUGGAGUUGUUGAACAGGGAGAAGAUAUCUGUGACGCAGCUGAAAGAGAAGUCAAAGAAGAGACAUCUAUUGAAGCCAAGUUUGUAGAAGUACUGGCAUUCAGACAAAGCCAUAAAUCAUUCUUUGGGAAGUCGGAUUUAUUCUUUUUGUGCUUUAUGCGGCCCCAAACAUUUGAUGUUAAAUAUCAGGAGACUGAACUAGAGGCAGCCAAGUGGAUGGCAUUGGAAGAAUAUUUGAAACUACCACACGUCCAAGAUCAGGAGUUUACAAAGUACAUAAUUGACUUAGGGUUGGCAAAAUUAGAGGGCAGCUACAAUGGAUUCUCUCCUGUGCCGACCAUAUCUUUGUUCUCUGAUCAAAAGUUCAACUUAUACUUAAAUACUGUGGACCUCAAGCACCCGAAACCAGCUUCCACAGGUUUUCAGGUACAGUGGUACACGUAUAAAACACUGCUGCAGAUAUGAGGCAUUCUGGUCAUCAAUUAAGUGUAUACAAGCCCCGUGACGCCAGACUAUCAAGUAUGUACCAACAACUGAGAAUGUGAAUACUGUACAGACAUUUCAGAACGACUCAAGCCUCGAGAAAUUUAUGAAAAUUGCGGUGCGAUGGUAAAGUUCUCAUGUGUGGUUGAUGUUCACUCCUGCAAACAAUGUAUCUCAGCCAUAGCCCAUAAUAUGUAUACCAACAGAUAUCUCGUCCCAUGUGGAGCAUUUGGAGCCCGUCACACAAAAUUUAUGUUCUUAUCUGAAGCAGUUCGAAGCAUUAUGAGGGCUUGUACUUUCUUCUAUUCUUUGAAUCGCACAUAAUGAUGUCAUUUUCGGUGUGAUUUCCAGCAUCUUAGCUUCAUUUUCUUCAAUAAAUGAGACUGGUCCCGGCUGCAGAGUUGGAAUUUCAUGGCC